AGCGUCCAAGCUGAGACGAGCCGCAUGGAUGCCCAAUAGCUCGUGACGCACGUUUUCAGGAGCGCUGCGCAGCCAUGCGAUGCGCUCGGCCCGUAACGCGAGCGCUGCGAGGCGUGCGCUGGGCCAGCUGGCAGCGCGCCGCGCCCAGCGUCUGGACCUACGGCGUCGAGCUAGAAAACACACCUCGCCAGACGGUCUUCGGCCGCCACGCCUGCUACGUGCCGCCCAAAGUUCUGGGCUACGAGCUGCCCUCUGGUCAAAUCCCGGAGGUCGCCGUCGCCGGCCGGAGCAACGUGGGCAAGAGCACGUUGGUGGGGGCGUUGUUAGGUGAUGCGAAGCUCGUAAGGACGUCGAGGAAGCCUGGCAGGACGACUACCCCAAGAUUCUUCGCCGUCACUUCGAGAAAGGAGGACGCCGCGAGAGCUGCAAAACACGCGGCGUGCUUCUUGGUGGAUCUGCCCGGCGUCGGCUACGCUAGGCGAUCCAAAGCCGAGCGGGCGGCAUUUAUGGAGAGUUCGGCGGAGUACCUCGCGGCGCGGCCGCGGAGCAUUUUGAGGCACGCUUUGGUAUUAUGCGACGCGCGGCGCGGGCCCGACGAGCAGUUGUUGGACGCCUUCGACUCGCUCCGCGUCGCGCACUCCGUCGUGCUCACAAAGGGCGACCGCGCCUCGGCUCGCGAUAUUGUGGAGGCGCUCGAGGCAGUUGAAGAGCGCUUCUCGCGCAAGCUCUCCUCGCUAGUUCCGGUCGUCCACGUCGUCGCCGCGAAGACGGGCGCCGGCGUCGACGCGCUCCGGGCGCACCUCGCGGCGGUUGUCGUCGCGGAUUAAUUUUGUUUCGUG